UUUACGAACUCUUUUGUGAAUUCCAUGGAAACACAAUGCCAAGAUGGCAGUCGAACGAUAUUGACGAUUUUCGUUUAUUUUGGAUAAGAUUUUGAGCUUUAUUAAAUGUGACACUCACGUUCAUGGCGUUAGACACCAAUGAGGAGUGAUACAGCGAGAUCCAAUGGCGCACAAAUUUGUAUCCGGGCGACAGCUCAAGAACCUGCUGAAUGAUGUUGAAAGGGUUCACAAGAAAGAUAUACAUGACUAUGCAGGGGGUCACCUAAAUGAAACGUAUAUCCAUCAAGUUGCCAUGGCAACAAAUCGUGUGCCAUGGCAAAGUGCAAAGGAGGUACCCACACCACCUUCAGGUAAAAACACUCCGAAGCCAAGAAGUUCAAAGAAGGGCAAAUCAAUGAAAGAGAUUCUCUACCAAUUCAGUGUAGGGACCACAGGUAGCAUCCCACACUCGCCGCCAGCAGUGCAAGUUCCCAGACAAACACCAGCUUCCAAAAAGAGCGAAAGAAGUUCAAGAGGUUCCCCCAACAAGCGUUAUUCAAGUGCGAGUAACUCUUCAGCCAAGUCGACAUACACAAAUCUGGAGGAUGGGGUUCUCAUAGAGGAACUGGAAACCACGGAGAUGAUGAUGCCAUCAGGUGUUCGAGGAGGGAGAGAUGUGAGCUUUGCUGAUGAGGAGACAAUGACGUACACAACAGCAACGUCACUCGCCCCAGACAACACGGGGAAGCUGAAGUUCAAGUAUACAUUCCUCCCCAUGCAGAAUGUGGGCAUUACCAAACAGGACCAGUACCGCAAGUUCAAGAACUUUGAGUCGACUGUGUUGCGGAAACAGGAGACCUGUGAACAGAAAGUGUUGUCAGGGGUCAAGGCCGUUGAACAUCAUGAGAGAAAACUGCAGCAGGAGCUGGAUGCAUUUAACCUGAACGGAAUGGGACCCAACUUCCACAAACUGCAGGUGUACAGCGACACAUUUGAAGAUCUUAUACAGGAGUCGCCAACAUUUGCCUACAUCCUCCGCUGCAUCAAGUCGGAGUAUGACAACUACAUCGCCUCCUUGCUGGAUGGCCAGACUGCCCAGCAUCACGUGCUGCAGGAUCAGGUGGAUCAGAUGGCUGCCAGGGGAACCUCACGACCCCGAGAACUCUUCACCGCCACAGAGAGGCUGGCUUCCCUAGAGGAAUAUGCCAAAACACUGCUGCAAAAAAAUGAACAAAUGCGGGAAGAGGUUCGUGAACAGACUGAAUGGCUGGCCACAGCUCCAGAACCAGAGCCCGUCCCAACCAUUGGUUUGGCCCCCGUGCAUUACAAGGACACACAGAUGGAGCUGGCUGAUGAGAUUGAGCAUGUGAAGGCCCUGAUCCUGGAGAAGCUGGAUGCCCUGAAUGCCCUGAGAUGCCACCUGAGAGAUGAGUGUGUGCCCCUGACAGUCUGUACCCACCUGGAGCAGUGCAUCAAGGAAACCGAGGUGGAGGUGCAGAAGUUGCUGAAGCAGAACGAGUACUAUGAGCGAAGCAUCGCGGAGAUGGACCACGACCUGAAGGAGGCCAUCAUUGACGCCGACACCAGCGAGAAGGAUGCCAAACGAAUAUGGAGGAAAGUGAACUCUAAGCGUGGUAUCCCUGGUGCGAGGCCAUCACCGUCACAGCCACAGAGUGACAGCGAUGACGAGGAGGAGAGCAAGUGGAACUGGUACAUUUCGUAAUAGACAUUGUCAGUCACGUCAACAGACCAGGUCCUAUCAGAAGGAACAACAUGAGAGUGACCUCCCUUUCUGUUUACAUGACAAACCAGGGAGGUCUCAUCUUGACUGUGGAGCAUCAUAGCUGUGAUAGAACUGAAUCUUCAGAACCUUUUCAUGUAUACUGCAUAGAAGAUUUAUUUUAAUGUUUACUUGUUGAUAAUUAUAUAAUUUUACAUAUUUUUUGAAAAAAUGAGAUUUUGCUCAUGAAAACGUGACUGGUGAACUUUGAUUGUGCGAACAGAAUGUUAAGAUAAUAUCAUAUGUUAUUAGCUGAGAGUUUGGGGGAUGAAUUGAUUUGUUUUUCUCUGUUUACCAAAAAGAGCUUUAAGUCUGUGCUGUGUCGUGGGGCAUUUAACAAUUGUAUCAUGAAGUUUGUAUCAUGAAGCCAUGUAUGAUCUGGACACAAUGAUACACACGAGAGGAUAGCAUGUUGUAAGUUACAAAAAUGAGCUUUACAAGAGAAUUCUCUGACAUUAUACAUGUAUGUUACAGCCAAUGUGUAAGAUGGGACUCCUUUUGGCAAUUUACAAACUGACUGAAAGAUGUGUCCAUUAAUUUGACAGAUUGACUGAACACAAAGAAGUUCAAAAAGGCUUCAAAUCAUCACAAUAGAAUUAUGCUAGAAUUAUAAUCCAAAAAAUACAGCGACUUUCAUUUUCUUUUAAUCAUCUUUUUUAGUCACUGGGGGAUGAAAUUCAACAUUAAAAUGUUUGCAAUUCGUUAUCAUAAUGAAAUUAAUGGACCAAUUUUUCAGUCAAUUUGUCAAAUAACCAAAAUAUAUUGCCUUUUUGUAAAUUGCCUAAGUGAAGAUUUCUGUCACUUUACGCAUUGACUGUUUCAUAUACAUCCUUGAUCUAGCCAUUGUUUAAUUUCCACAAACGUACUGGGUCCUGUUCCACAAAGCGAUCGUAGCGCUACGAUUGUCGUAAGUCUAUGUUAUAGUAUGGGAGUUACGAUUGUCUUAGUGCUACGAUCGCUUUCUGGAACAGGGCCCUGGUCCCCGUUCCACAAAGCAAUCUUAGCGCCACGACUGUCGUAAGUCAGUGAUAAAGAAUGGGAGUUACAAUCACCUUAGCGCUAAGAUUGCUUUGUGGAACGGGGCCCUGGUCUUAACCUGUUCUCUGUGAUGAAUUGCACAGCAUUGUAUCCUAAUCAUCAUGCCCCUAUUAUCAAAACUAGAGUCUUCCAUACUUAGUUUUGGUUUCGUUCUAGCGAUGGAGUUCCCUAUCAUGCCUUGAAUGAGUAUUACCCAUUACAGCAUUACUUUAGUAUGUUCCAAGUCCAAAUUUACUACCCGGGUACCCACCCCCUGAUUACCUGACCCUACCCGGGUACCCACCCUCUUAUUACCUGACCCUACCCAGGUACCCACCCCCUUAUUACCUGACCCUACCCGGGUACCC